AUGUGGCCUUCCGUCUCGCUCUUUCUAUGAGGAAGCGGCUCGUUGAUUCACGUGAUAAGCCCUCCAAACAUCACAAUAUGGUUCCCCUACUGCUGUUGGCGCUGCUGCCAGUCCUUGUUACUACUGCCCCCGCCAGGCGGCACAUGAUCGACAUGACCCAUGCACUGAUCGACAAUGGGAAGAUGCCGAGUUACCCAGGCCACACACCGUACAACUUCACCAUCAAUGUGAGAGGCCCUUACAAACUCUUGAAUAAUGUUAAUGUGGAGCUCAACACAAUUCUCCUUUCGGAGCACACUGCCACCCACAUUGACGCGCCAUCCCACGUCGGCGGCAAAAGCCGUGUCCAUCAGAUUCCUGACCAAGACCUCAUUGGCCCCGGUGUCGUGAUCGAUAUCAGUGAAAAGGCAAAAAUGGACAAGGAUGCAGAGUUGUUGCUGGAAGAUGUUCUUAAGUAUGAAGAGACGUACGGGAGAAUUCCGAACAGAGCAUUCGUCUUUUGCAACUCGGGCUGGGAGAAGUAUUGGAUGGACAAGAAAGCGUUUCUUGGAACCGACCAAUGGAACAUAGUUUCUGAAUUACACUCUCCCGGUUUCAGCCUGGAGGCAACGAAAUGGCUGGUGGAGCAGAGAUACAUUAUUGGUAUUGGUACCGAUACCGUUUCGUUUGAGAAGACACACACAAAAACACUCCCCGUGCACAGGUACUUACUCGGAGAGAAAAACAGAGUGGGCUUCGAGAUGGUCGCCAAUCUCAGUAGAGUACCACCAGCCGGCGCCACUGUCUACGCAUUCCCAAUGAAAAUAUAUGACGGAAGUGGUGCACCAGUUCGGAUGUUCGCCAUUUUGAAUGGAGGUUUCGGAUUGGUGGCCUCCCGACUCACGGCGUCACUAAUGUCAAUAAUGGUGCUUUACUGGUUCUACCUAUUUUGAAUCCGACCGAUGUGCCAUGGGCAAAGAUUUAAAAUAAACACAAAGUUAAAAAGUUAACUACAGUAUAUAUUUAUUUAGCAUGAUUUGAAUCCGACGUGGCAUGGACAAAGAUUUACGUAAACGCAAAGUUAAAAAGUUAGAUAUAUUUAUUUAGCAUGUACUAGUAUACAAUAUACAUAUACAACCACAACUAAAACCAGAAUGAAGGAAUGACUGGCUCGCAGAAUCUCGACAAAUCCCCCAUUCGGCUUGAUUGAAGAGUCACUGGAAAAUGCUUCGGUUUUGGUAAGGGUUAGCCAUACGACAUUUUGGAAGUGAUAACCUUUUUAACAUUAACAGGGUCUUAGCCUAAUCGCCUUCCUCUACCUCUCACUUUUCUCUAUUCUUUGUAUUUGUAUUGUUUAUAUUUGUUUCUUUGUUUCUUUGUACAUUCUUGUAAUCGCAUAAGCAGUUUGCUUUAACCCGAAGAAGGAUCCGCGUAGGUUUAAAUUGUUUGCGAAUAAAGGUAUCUUUCAUGCAA